GAAGCACAGAAGCCUCCAGCACUCCAUAGGUAUUGUCAUUGAGGGCGAUCAUGGCGCUGGAUUCCCAGGCAGGAUAGCAGCGUUUGAGCCUUGUCAAAGCGAUAAUUUAACGUUCCUUACAGAUGCACAAGUUGCUCACAACUACCUAAACACAGGCGGGCGGCAUAGCACCGCCCACCAUUUUAGAUUGUGAUAUUUGCUUGAGGGGGGAAGAGCUGCUUCAACCCAAGAGGAGCAAACAUGUAUAUCGAGGAGGUCUGCAUAGAUGGUUUCAAAUCUUACGCCCAAAGAACUGUUGUCCCAAACUUUGAUCCAAAGUUCAAUGCCAUCACCGGCCUGAAUGGGACCGGCAAGUCAAACAUUCUGGACUCCAUCUGCUUUGUGCUUGGCAUCACCAAUCUUUCUCAGGUGCGAGCUGCCAAUCUGCAAGAAUUGGUGUACAAGUCGGGGCAGGCAGGGGUGACCAAGGCCACAGUGUCAAUUGUUUGGAACAACACAGACAAGAGCAAGUCCCCUGUGAGCUACGAACAAUAUGACAGUAUCACGGUAUCACGGCAGAUUGUCAUCGGCGGGCGAAACAAGUACCUUAUCAACGGUCGCGUGGCCCAGCCGUCACAAGUCCAGAACCUGUUUCACAGCGUCCAGCUCAAUGUCAACAACCCCCACUUCCUCAUCAUGCAAGGCCGCAUCACCAAGGUGCUCAACAUGAAGCCCAUUGAGAUCCUGUCCAUGCUGGAAGAAGCAGCGGGAACUCGCAUGUACGAAGUCAAAAAGGAGGGGGCAUUGAAGACCCUCGAGAAGAAGCAGGGGAAGUUAGACGAGAUUGACACGGUGCUGCAGAAUGAGGUGCGGCCGGCGCUUGAGAACCUCCGCAAGGAGAGGGCUCUGUACAAUGUCUGGCAAGCGGGGCAGUCAGAAGUGCAGCGGCUGAAGCGGCUGUGCGUGGCACAUUCUUUCACAAUGGCAGAGAAGACGAUGACGGGGGCGAUUGAUGAGGUUGAGGAGCUGAAGCAGCGGCUGGCUGAGAUGUCGGCGUCUGCGGAGGCCCUUCAAGCAGAGAUUGCUCAGAAGGCGAAGGACAUCGCCAAGUUGACGGAGGAGAAGGACAAGGAGAUGGGGCAGGAGGUGAAGAAGCUGCAGGAGCAGGCGGAUGAUGCAAGCAAGCGGCUGGUCAAGGACACCACCAACUGGACGAACAAGAAGGAGCUGCAUGAUUCCGAGAAAGAAAGCUUGAAGCAGCUCCAGAUGACUAUCGAGGAGACAAAGCGGGGCGUGGAAGAGAGGGCUGCAGCCAUGGGGGCAGCCGACGCUGACUUUGCAAAGGCCAAGGCUCGUGUGGAGAAGGUGGCGGAAGAUUUGAAAGCUCUGGAACAGGAGCAACAGGGGGUGCUGGCAGGCAAGAGCAGCGGGGCAGAGGGUGAGCGCACCUUUGAGCAGAAGCUGAGCGACGCCAAGGCGGGGGUGCAGGCCAGUGGGGCGGAGGCCCAACAGGCGCAGCUCAAGAUCAAGCAUCUAGACAAGGAGCUGGGGAGCAAGAGAAAGCUGCUGGCGGCCAAGCAGAAGGAGGCCUCCAGCAUGCAGAAGGAGCUCGAGAACGUCUUGCAGGCAGUUGCACAGUGCCAAGCCAGACUGGAUGAUCUCCACUUUGACGAGAACCGAGUCACGGAACUUAAAUCGCAACAAGAGCAAGAACGAGGGAUAGUCCGCGACCUCAAGCGGCGGGUAAACGACCUUUCGGCGGAACUCAGCAGCCUAGCGUUCUCCUUCAGCGACCCGGAGAGGGGCUUCGACCGGUCUCGGGUCAAAGGAAUGGUGGCCAAGCUGUUCACUGUCAACGACCCUUCGGCCAUGACCGCCCUUGAGGUUGCUGCCGGAGGCAAGCUGUUCAAUGUGGUUGUGUCAGACGCCAACACAGGCAAGCUAGUCCUGGACAAAGGGAGGCUGCAGAGGCGGGUGACCAUCAUCCCGCUGGACAAAAUUGACGGCAGAAAGGCACCACAGCACGUGCAGCAAGCGGCUGCACAUGUUGCUGGCCCGGAGGGAGCGCGGCUGGCCCUGUCGUUGGUGGGCUACGAGGACGAGCUGCAGAAUGCAAUGGCUUUCGUCUUUGGCAACUCCUUCAUCUGCAGAGACUAUCAAACAGCCGAGAAGGUCUGCUACGACCGAAACAUCCGUUCCCACACCGUGUCUUUGGAGGGGGAGACAUUCAACCCAGCAGGCACGAUCACGGGAGGCUCAAGACCAAAGACGAGCAAGCUGCAAAAGCUGCACGAGCUCCGACUAGCCGAGGCCGACUUGGAGCGGCAUCAGAACGCGUUGACGGCAAUCGAGGCGGAGCUUGCCACGUUGGCGGCGGGGAAUGCGGAGUACCAGCGGGUGAAGGGUGAGCUGGAGCUGAAGAGCCACAGCUUGAAGCUGCUGCAGGAGCGGAGCGAGAAGAGCGAGAGCCACCAGCUCGCAGAGGCGGUCGCUGCCAUGGAGACGGACCUCACCAUUGCGCAGGAUGCCCUGGUGGCGGCGCGCGAGCGGCAGGCCGCGCUGCAGGCGGAGGCGACGGAGCUGGAGCAGAAGAAGGCGGACCAGGGCAAGGAGCGCGAGGCGCGGCUCCAGGCCAUCGAGAGCAGCAUCAAGGCCGCCAAGAAGGAGCACGCCGCCGCGCUCAAGGACCUCAAGAGCAUGGAGGAGAGCGUGCAGCAGCAGGCCAUGGAGAGGGAGGCGAUGCACCUCGAGAUCGCCGCACUGCAAGAGCAGGCCACGGCUGCUCAAGAGCAAGCCAACAAGCUGGAGGAACAAGCCGCAGAGCUGGAGGAGAAGGUGGCGGCCCGCAAGGCGGAGUACGAGGCGGCCAAGGGCGCGCUGGACGAGACGAAGGCGCGCAUCAAGGAGUGCGACGCGGAGAUCAGCGCGCAGGCCAAGGAGCAGGCGCGCCUCGACCGGAAGCUCAAAGACAGCAACGUCGAGGCCAAGAAGCUGGACCACAAGGUGAAGCGGAUGGAGGUGGAUCAAAAGGACAGCGCCAAGCUGGUGGAGCGGCUGCUCAAGGAGGAGGCCUGGAUCGCCAGCGAGCGGCAGCUGUUCGGCAAGCCCGGCACGGACUACGACUUCGAGGCCAUCGACAUCAAGGAGGCCAAGGAGACGUACGAGAGGAAGCAGGCCGAACAGGACAGCACGGGCAAGAAGGUGAACAAGAAGGUGACCACCAUGUUUGACCACGCGGAGGCCGAGUACAAGGCGCUCGAGGAGAAGAAAAACAUCGUCGAGGCGGACAAGGCCAAGAUCCGGCUGGUGAUCGACCAGCUGGACGAGAAGAAGAAGGAGGCGCUGCGCGUGACGUGGCACAAGGUGAACCGCGACUUCGGGUCCAUCUUCUCGACGCUGCUCCCGGGGACCACCGCCAAGCUGGAGCCGCCGGAGGGCGCCUCCUUCCUGGACGGCCUCGAGGUCAAGGUCGCCUUCGGCGGCGUGUGGAAGCAGUCGCUCACGGAGCUCAGCGGCGGCCAGCGCUCGCUGCUCGCGCUCUCGCUCAUCCUCGCGCUGCUGCUCUUCAAGCCCGCGCCGCUCUACAUCCUCGACGAGGUGGACGCGGCUUUGGACCUGAGCCACACGCAGAACAUAGGCCGCAUGAUCAAGACGCACUUCCCGCAGUCGCAGUUCGUGGUAGUGUCCCUCAAGGAGGGCAUGUUCAACAACGCUGACGUCAUCUUCCGGACCAAGUUUGUGGACGGCGUGUCCGCGGUCACCCGGACGGUCCCCGCCAAGCAGAGGGAAAAGGAGCGCGAGCACCGGCCCGUUCCUGUGACGCCAGCCAGGAGACAGAUGCUGGCCGCAUGAAAUGGUAAGAAGAGUCGAUGGGGACUGCCUGGUGGAAGUCGAAAGUACGAGAGCUGAGGCCCGGUGGGCCUUCCAGGCAUCUCAACGAAAUACGCUACGUCUGUAAAGAGCUCCAAUACCAACAAAGAAUAUGCACUUUAGAAAGGGGAUAAAACGGCCCUCACAUGUACGUGUUGGACCAAAGAAAGUUGCCGCAUGAUCAGCAGCCCUAAAUGUAGAGCGCUGUCAUGCUGGGGUGAGAAAUGUUGAUCACGCAUACUCAAGCACAGGCACCUCGAUAAUUUCAGGCCACGUACUCGAUCCUUAUGCACGCCAGUAUGAAUUGUGACAUGCCGUUCAAUUGAGA